AAAUCAGUUCACUUGGAAGAUCCAUUUAAUGAUGAACAACGUGAGCGACAUGAAGUAGAAAUGCUUGCCAAGAAGUUUGAGGCAAAAUAUGGUGGAAAGCCUCACAAACAUCGGAAAGAUCGGCUGCAGGACCUAAUCGAUAUAGGUUAUGGUUAUGAUGAAACAGACCCUUUCAUUGAUAAUUCUGAAGCGUAUGAUGAAUUGGUUCCUGCAUCCCUGACAACCAAAUAUGGAGGGUUUUAUAUCAACACUGGUACACUGCAGUUCCGACAGGCAUCUGAAUCAGAAGAUGAAGACUUUGCAGAAGACAAAAAACAUAGGCCACCUAAAAUAGCAAAGUUAAAAGAAAGUGAAGAUCGUGGAAUGAAGAAGCGCAAGCGGAAAGAGGAAGGGACAGAAAAGGAGAAGAAGCCUCGGAAAAUGAAAGUUCCUAAGCAGUUGGGAGUAAUGGCCUUAAAUUCACACAAGUCUGAGAAGAAGAAAAAGAAAUUGUAUAAAGACUCGCUUUCUCUGGCUGCCAUGAUCCGUAAAUUUCAAAAGGAGAAGGAAGCCAUGAGGAAGAAGGAAUCUAGUCCAAAACCUCCAGUGACUGUCGCAACCCCUACCCCUAGUAAAAUUCCUUCCUCCUCUCUCAGUGCAGGAAACGAUAUCUCUGACUUGAAUCUUAGGAUCAACGAUCCUGUCCUCUCCAUUUUUGGUAGCACAAAUGAACCUGAGCUCCUGCAAGAAACUGAAAGUGCCCUGGAGAUGCUGGGAGACAUUGACUUUGACAAGUUGCUUGAUGGCACUUCUGAUGGCAGCCCGGUAUCUGAGCUGUCAGGAGAAAAUGGAAAUGUCACUCAGGCAACCUACACCUCUCAGGUCAUGACACCCAAGCAGGUGCCUGCCCUCCCAGAAGGUCUGCCUGUGCUACUUGAAAAGCGCAUUGGAGACCUUCGAACAGCUGCCAAGAUGUUUGAUGAAGAAGGCAGGAAGAAGUUUUUCACGCAAGACAUGAAUAAUAUUCUUCUGGAUAUUGAGCUACAGUUACAGGAGGUAAAUCCUGCCAUCCGCAGUGGAGUGUACUCUCACCUGGAGGCUUUUGUGCCAUGCAAUAAGGACACACUGAUAAAGCGUCUGAAAAAGUUACACCUCAAUGUCCAGGAUGACCGCUUGAGAGAACCAUUGCAAAAGCUGAAACUGGCUGUCAGUAAUGUCAUGCCUGAACAGUUAUGCAAGUAUCAAGAGGACUGCCAGGCCCGCAAUCAAGCCAAGAAUGCCAAGUUGCAAACGGAAGAUGAACGAGAGAAAAAUGGAUCAGAGGAAGAUGAUGAUGAGAAACCCGGAAAGAGGGUUGUGGGACCCAGAAAGAAGUUUCAUUGGGAUGACACAGUGAGGUCUCUGUUGUGUAAUCUUGUCAAGAUCAAGCUGGGAUGCUAUGAGCUAGAGCCAAAUAGAAGUCAGUCUGCUGAAGAUUACCUCAAAACCUUUAUGGAAACAGAAGUGAAACCACUUUGGCCUAAAGGCUGGAUGCAGGCAAGGAUGCUUUUUAAAGAAAGCCGAAGUGUUCACAAUCACCUCACUUCUGCUCCGGCAAAGAAGAAGGUGAUUCUGGCCCCUAAACCCAAAGUGAAGGACUCCAGUCCAAAAAAAGAACAGAAGACCUGUAUGUCUUCAGUCAAUUCAAGUUGUGCUACUGUACUGAGUUCCAGCACACCUGUCUGCACCCCAGCCAGCUCUAGCUGCACACCAGCUCCAGAGACGAUCUGCUUGGAUGACUCACUGGAUGAAGACCUCUCUUUCCAUCCACCCUCACUGGACUCUAUUUCCGAUGCUCUGGCAGUUAUCAAUAAUGGUGCCAAGGGAUCACCUCUUGGGUCCACCAUAGACACACCAACAUCCAGACCUCGCCCUGGGCUGAGGGAAGAGAAACUAGCAAGCAUUAUGAGUAAGUUGCCUCUGGCAACUUCAAAGAAAGUAGAGCCCACUCAGACAUCCCAUUCAUCAAGUCUUAUUGCUGGUCACACAGGGCCAGUACCAAAGAAACCCCAGGACUUAGUUCACACUGGUAUCUCUUCAGGCCUUAUUGCUGGAUCUUCAAUUCAAAAUCCCAAGGUUUCCUUAGAGCCUUUGCCAGCCAAACUACUUCAGCAAGGACUACAGAGGUCAAGUCAGAUCCAAUCUGCUUCCUCUUCUUCUCAGACUCAUGUUUCUUCCUCUAAGACCCAAGCAGCUGUUUCCACCUCCUCUCAAAGAACCAAGGAUGCUAGUAUCUUGGUAUCAUCUUCUGAGACUCAAGGUGGUACUUCCUCAACAUCACAAGUGACAAAGGUGCACCAGCAUUCAGCUGUACAGCAGAAAUAUGUAACUCCUUUGCAAGCAACUAUUAGUAAAUCACAGACCAAUCCUGUGGUGAAAUUGAGUAGUAAUCCCAAACUGUCUUGCUCAUCACCAAUCAUCAAGGCUCAAGAUAAGUCUGUAGUAUAUCGCCUGCCUUUGUCUAAUCCCUCAUCUGGAAGCAGCUCUCAAGUGUCUCACCCACUGGUUUCUCGGACAACAUCCAGCACCUCUACCUCUAGUAACUAUUUAGCCAAGGCUAUGGUGUCACAAGUUUCUUCCCAGGGUUUCAAGCCUCCCUUCUCCAUGGCUGCCUCUCCCAAACCUGCUGCCUCUCCCAAGCCCACUUCAUCUAAGCCCUCUGUGACACCCAAGCCCAAUGCAUCACCUAAAUUUUCAUCGAAGUCCACCUCAUCCCCCAGGCCUGCAACAACACCCAGUUCUUCCAGUUCAAGUGCACUAGUUUCCCAGAGUAGUCACUCCAGCAACAACCCCCUUCAUAAACAGACCAGUGGUGUAAAUAUCAGCAGGCAGUCUCCCACAGUGAAUUUGCUGUCCUCUAAUCGCACCUCAGGCCUUCAGCCUGCAAAGAACCCUCAGGCUUCUUCAAAAUUGCCCAACUCUUCUCCUUCUGGAACUGUUGGUAAAAAUAAUUUGGGUGGAGUUGGAAUGAAUGUACCUGCCAACAGAGGCAGUAACCUUAACUCAAGUGGAGCUAGUAGGACUAGUCUGUCUGGGGGAACAGGAAGUGGAACACAGGGUGCUACUAAACAAUUGUCAACUCCACACAGACCAUCUUCUGCCUCAGGGUCUCCAGUUGUAGCAGCCAGCGUGCAGUCAACAGCAGGAGCGUCGUUACUGGCUAACGCCUCACCUCUGACUCUCAUGGCAUCACCCCUGUCUGUAACCAGUCAGAAUGUGACGUCUGCACCAUUAACUCCUUUUGGGAUGCUGGGUGGCCUUGUUCCUGUGACUGUGCCCUUCCAGUUUCCCUUGGAGCUGCUUGGCUUUGGGACGGACACAGCUGGAGCGACAACCACCUCGGGAUCUACCUCAGCGGCUUUCCACCACAGCCUAACUCAGAACUUACUGAAGGGUUUACAGCCAGGUGCUCAGCAUGCAGCGACGCUGUCUCACUCACCUCUGCCUGCUCACUUGCAGCAAGCUUACACAGAUGGAGGCCAAAGUAAAGGGGACACUAAGUUACAGCGGAAAAACCAGUGACUUCUGGACAAGCAAGGGAGCUGAAGCAGUUCUGGUUGGCUGACAGAAUCUGCCCAGUUGGGAAAGUGCUUAUUGUCACAGGGCUGCUGUUUCUGUCGAUGUUUACAUAUUCUGAUCCUAAGCACUGUGGUGAGAGGAAGAAGAAAAAUAAAACAAUACUUGAUCAAAAGAGAGAAGGAAAAGGAGGACUGGUCCUCCUGGUCAUGCAGACUGGUCAUAGCUUGAUAUUGCCUAAAGAAACAACGUUUUUUAUCUGCUCUGAUUGGCUCUUAAAAGAAAUUGAUCGUCAAACCCACAGCAGCACCAACAUUUUUGUCUGGGUGAAGUCCAAUGAAAAGUGGAAACCAUGAGAGGAGCUAGAAUAGGUUUCUCCAUUCAUUGUGUAAGGUGGAACCAUUCACUUCUUUAGUGCCCAGAGUGCCCAGGGUAAGAUUAUGUGUAGGUCCUGAGUGUAUUAAACGGUUGUGGACCAAAGGUUAUGUAGAAUAGAGGUGGUGCUGGGAUACUUUGCAUUAUAAUUAAACCUUUACACAAAUGCAGUUUUUGAUAAUGGGCAUUUUUCCAGAUUUACAAGGCUGUUUGGCUUAGGGAAUCUACAGGUGUAUGCAGUCUCAUUAGAGAAUUGUCUUCAAAAACAGAUCUCCUGGUACAUCAAGAUGUGAGACACACACUAUUUGUUUGAUUUUUUUUUUUUUUUAAGUACAAAAAUUCUUAUUUAAGAGAGGAAGGGGAUGGAAAAUUUUUCAUUACAUGAAAAGGAAACCCACAUUUGAUUGGUCAGACUAGCAUUUCUUUCCCACAUUAUAUUUUUAAAGGCAUGCUAAUGUUUCAGUCCUUCCAUUUGUUAAACUUUCUUUUACCUCUGCCACGUGCUUAUUUGCUACUGAAAUUGUUAUGUUCUAUUCAUGUCUUUCAUAAACAACAACCAGUUCUUUGCUGAUUCUCGAUCUUCAUUUUUCAUCUAACUCUUCCCAAAAGCCAUGCAUUAUACUGAUUUCCUAGUUAAAGAAACCUGAUUGUGACCUAUUCCAGAGUCAGGUUAAUACUGCUUCAGGCAUUAGCCAAAGAGGAGUCGUUCAAAAGCGACCAGAGGUGCCUUCUCUUCUGGGGGCUUGAAUGGGUUGUCUCCAGCAUUUCCAGCCCCUGCUGGCCUGGGGAGUGUCUGACCUGAACUCUUUCUUACAUGGUAGCACAAGACUGCAAAGCUGGCUUUUUUUUUUUUCUUUGAUAGCAAUACAUCAACUGGUUGACGUGUAAGAUUAGAAAGUAUCCAGCACAUGUUGCACUUUCAACACUAGGACAGAACUUUGCUAUUGCAUCCCUUGCGCUGUCAGAUAAAAGGUGAGAAUGGCAAAAAGUUAAAUAAGUCAUUGGGGAAAGGAGCAAAUAAAGUAGUAGGAUGCCCUUCUCCUUCAGCCCUAAAACAUUCCUUUGACCAGAGAUGCUGAAAUUCCUAGUAAAUAGUUUUUCCAGUAGUUUGACCUGAGAUCGAACCAGAGACUACUGGUUAUCUCACACCUUUUAGAGCGACUUUGACCCAUGAAUAAUUAAUCUUCAAUGUUUUUUGCUAGAUUAUUUCGAGCUUGCAGGUUUCUUUUACAUGUGAUUUAUUUUUCUUAGAUCAGACAACAAUUUCUUUUCUAUUUAGAGCUCAUUUUAAUUUUAUAUAAAUAUAUAUACAUAAAUUUAAAAUAAUAUAUAUUGUGUAUUUAGUAUAAAGAUGUUGGGUUGAGCUCAGCAAUAAAUGUUUUUGCACAACACUUCUGUGAAAGACAGAUUGAAUUAAGAUGCAUUAGUUCAUUAAUUUCACUCCACAGCAUCUGCCAAUUAAAUGCUUUUUAGCUAGCGCUAAUGUUUUGUAUGUGGCGUGUUGAUUAGAUAAGCUUGCAUCUCCACUGAGGUUAUUAAGAGUUGAAAUAUACAGCUGUGUAGACCCUGGCAUUCUUAAUACUGCACAAAUUCUCUCAAAAUACCAUGAACUAUUUAGAAUGCAAGCUUUAUCUGGUUUUUUCCCCUCUUUUCUCCAGGAAGGGUUGAAGGAAGACAACUUUUGUUUUUUGAGGCCCAAUGGUUCUGGCAGGAUGUUAAUUCUCUGAACUGUGUCAAACCUGACAAUUUUAACAUUGCAUGUAGCUAAGGGAGUUGUGGCAGUGAGCCACUGGGCAGCAAUAUAUUUAAAAGACCCUGUCCUAAGAGUUCUACCUCUUCUAUGUUUUCCUCAUCAAGGCAUCUCAUUCAAAUUGCCAUCUUUUGUCUUCAUACUUAAUGAAAUUUUAGACUGGGAGACUUGGAGCCCUUUAUAACUACAGCACAAAUUCCCUUUCAGCGUUCCUCUCUUCCUGGAAGUAUGCUUCAUCUUCAGUUGAAGAGCAUCCUCUCUAAAUCAUGAGGGUAGGAGCAGUGCUGCCUCUGUGUCCUACUGAGCUUCUCAGUCUUGGGAAACAAGUAAACUAAUACUUCUUGUGGAAAUAGUAGGAUGAUGAGAAUAAAGAUGACCAUAUGUUGUUUGUGACUUCAGUUCAAACAGCCCCCCAGCAGGUAACUGUUUUCAGUCAUUAUGCUCCUGAGCUUCUUUGGAACGAGCAACAUAGGGAAUGUAGACCCUUUCAUUGCUGUUCCCUAUUCUCCCUGGUUAAACUUAGCAAGGCCGAGUCAAAGGAAAUCAUAGGGUAAUUCCCUACCUAUGCAGGUAGCAUAGACAGGAUGGGGAAGGGAAAGAUUGCUGCAGCGUCCAAAUGCGAAAUUAGGUUAAUGUUUUACUAUUUUCUGCACAGCAGCUCUUCUGAAGACAUUUGCCCCCAGGUUUUUACUACUUUUUAAGGGCCUUUGUUAAUAAAUAAACUGUAGUUGUACAUACUAAAUAAACCCUCAGUAUUCACAAGCAAUAAGAAAGCCAAGUAUAGCUGUCUUUUCCAGGCAGCAGGGCUGAACUUGGUUUGGGGACUGUAUAUGAGCUAACAUGUCAAGCUCUCUGAAAGCCCCAAACAAAUGCAAGCAAUAACUUCAAACACAGGUUUUAGAUGUUAAAACCGUCUGGGUAGUAUUUUCUGCUACAUGAUCCAAAGUCCCUAAAGUCGCAGUAGCUAUUUUAAAUCCAUAGAGACACUUGCAAAGAAAGAAGGCAGGCUAAAUGAGAAACAGGCUGCAAAGUUUCCUGGUACUUUGGACUAGAACUGCAGUGUUCUCCCACUCGGAGAUGCAAAUGGCCUAGGCCACUUUGUCCAGCCUUCUCUGUUGAUUUGAGAAACAUGACUAAAUACUGAUCAACUAAGUCACAAGUGUGGAUGCUGUGGGUUUCACAUCUGUUUUCUGCUAAUCAGAAGUAACUUUUCUGCUGUUUGUUUGAAUCCGAUCAAAGUUGUCUGAUGCACAGAUUUAGGAGUGGGACAGGUGUUAAAAGCCUGUUCCUGCAGUCCCAUCAUCUGACCCUUCCUCCACACUCCUUCUCCACUUGGUGCAAGACCCUUGAGGACAUGAAAACAGAGAAAUCUUGCAACUCUCCCAAACUGCCAUCAGUUGUGCGAACCAGUAACCCUCUGGGAGUCAUCUUGGACUCCAACUAACUUUAUCACAUUUGCUGCUACAUUCGUAAAAUGAACUUUUGGCUGUAUUUAUUAGCAAAUUUUAAUCUAGUUUACAGGUUGGGUUUUUUUUGUUUUCUUUUGAUUAGUUUUUGCCCACAGAUGGAUUAGAAAUGUUGGGGUGUUUGGGUUGAUGGGUUGUUUGUUUUGUUCUAGUUUUGUUUUGGUUUUGAGUGAAUUGGUGAAAGCAAAGUGGUCCCUCUUCCGCUUUUGUUUUGGAUUUUUUUUUUUUAUUAUUAUUUUUUUUUGGUAGGGAAAACCUACAGCCAAGCCAAACUGUGGAAGGCUCCCUCCCACAUCAACUUUUCAUCUUUUGCUGAACUGGGGGGAAAUCAUUAAAGGGACACUUGCUUUUUGUUUGGGCUUGUUUGUUGUUUUGGUUUGUUGGAUUUUUUUCCAUAAUGAACCAGAAGGUAAAAGCAGUAGGUAAACAACUGAUUAAUUAACACUUUAUGCAAUUUUAAUUUUAUAGAUAUUAAAAAAAGGUUUGGUAGACUUUGAUUGGUCCAAGCUCCGGUGAAGUGGCUGUUACCCUCCAUGACUUACUUGAUUCAGGCUUUUGUCCUUUGUUUAAGUGCCUUUUUUUUUUUAAUUUUAUUUCCCUAUCCUCUUUAAACUUUUCUCAGAGAUCCUGAAGUGCUAGAAGGCAUUUUGGAGGAAAAUCUUAAGCUUGCCAAGAUGGCUUUAUGCUGUUAUACUAUUUUUUUCCCUUUUGUAAAGAAAAAAACAACCAAGUGUGUAAUGUGUAUAACUUCAUGCUGCUGUACCAUGGUGUUGGUUCUGUGUGCUUGUGCAUUCUUUCUCUCUCACGCACACACGUGCACACACACACACACAUACACAGCAAUAUUUCUGAAACCUGUUCAUCCUUCUACAUUCUCCUGGCUCUGUCAAACUACUUAAUGGUGAAGGUUUGUGCAAAGAUGGCAGUACAAUAAAAGAGCGUGUGCAUGAGUGUGCGUAAACGUGCAUGAGAGAAAGGAAGUGGCUAAUGGGAAUGAAACUUCUUGCAUUUUUCUCUGAAGGUUUUAAUUUUUUCUUAAUUAGGUCAUGAGUAAAACAUUAUGAGCCCUGUCUGGCAACCUUAUUAGCUACUGGACUGUUUCACACAAUUAUUGAGGCAAAGAUGUGUGGCUGAUAGCCCCAAGGACACGUGGGGGAAAGAGAGUUAAAACAGGAGCUUAAAUAAGUUUGAGAUGAACUGCAAGGCAUCCUGUGUGCAGCUAGUCACAUCUGCUUAACACCGGUUAUUGCAAGGAUUCUCACACUUACCAAAGUUGUCACUUUCCACUGUCCAUCAUAUGUAAAAAGAAAUUUGGUAAAACCUGCAAGAGUGCAGGUGCUAAUUGAAUUUAAAACUGGCUACGCUUCACAUGCUGCCUAAGUUCCUCACCAUCAAGUACUUUUCUAGUUGUAUUUUUUCUUAAUUUAUUGAGAUUUUAUUAAUGGUUUGUUCUCUUAUGACUCUGUUGUUAGCUGCAGGUGAACUCUCAUAAUAUUGUCUGUGCUUGUUUCCUUGUUCUCUGACAAAAUUAGCUAUCUGCAAUAGAUGAUCUAGUGAUUUCAACACCUUUGUGCUGAGGAUCUGUCUAACUUAUGAUUAUUAUAAACAAGAAUACCUGAAAUUAGCAAUUCACUUGUUGACCAAGUGCUAAACUUAAGGUAACAUGUAUGCAUCAUUAGACUGUUCUAGUUCUGUGAUGUGCUUCCCCUGGGGAAGAUCUAAUUUUGAGUUGCAGUAUGAAAAGGAAGCAUUUAUUUUACCAAAUGGGAAUGGAAUGAAGAGUCCUUUGUGAGUGGAGAACCAGACUGGAAAACAAAGUAUGAUACCAAAUACAACAUAUUUCCUGUGGCAGAGAAUAGCCUCAGUUCUUGGCUUGUCUUCACAUAUUUGACUAAACCUAUUAUGUAAACUAAACGAUAGGCGGAUUUCUCCUACCAAUCCAAUGGUGCCAGUCAAAGAUAGGACUAUUGCUGGUAGCUCAGCCAGUUGGAGUGAUAGUUGAGGGUGCUUCUUAAUCUCUUUAGAUGCAUUAGUGAAGUUACUUAAGUGGAGUUUGCCGCACCCACCUGUGUUGCUGUUUAAUUAAUUUUGGUCGCAAAUGCUCUUUUUCCUAGGCUGAUCUGUGGGAGUCUACAGCUGGUGAUGAUGGCUGAGUGUUGCAGUCUUUUCUAACAAAUGCAGCUGUUGUGAAAAUCUGUGCUGCUUAAGAAAUCACUACCAAAAUAAGCAGCCAGAAGUAUGAUUACUGGGCCACUGGGAAGAUGAGCAUUGUGUAGGGGAACGUUUUGUUUGUGGAAACUUCCACUGUGGCUUCAUCAUCCUUUUUCUAUGACCUGAUGAUCCCUUGCUGCUGUAAUAGCUUUUUGGGUCUGUAGAAAGCCCUGCUGCUGCUAUGAGUUAUGCUGAGAGAUCAGUAUGGCCUGGAACUGGCCCAAAACUGGGGAAUUACAAAGAUUCCCCACAGCUGUUUUUGCACACUCAUAAACAACACUGCACUGAUCUUGUCAGUAGUCAAGGAUAUAGGUGUGUAUUUUGUAGCCAUUUUUGACAGCUAUAAUUCUACAGAGCAACUCGGGGAGGAGAAAAAAAAAGAAGAAAAAAACCCACCACCACCCCCCAUGUUUUAUAUCUAGAAACGCAUUUCAGUCUCUUCCCUUGCUGUCAUCUCCUGCUUAAAUAACAACCAUUAACUAGUAAGUUUUUCUUCAUAAUGAAGUAAUCCCAAGCAAGCAACGUACACUCUGUUUGACUCCUAUCAUGUGCAAUGCUAAAAGGGUUUUUUAUGUUUCUUUCUUCUUUUUCCUCCUAGUAAUGUGUACAGAAGUGUUUUAUUGACAGACAGUCAUGUUUGCUGCUGUCUAGUACCAAGAGAAAAAGAGCAGGGGAGAAUCAACCAAAACCAGUCAGGAGAUGCUAUCAUAGUAGGCCAAACCAUGUAGCUGCCAAGGCAGCCAGAGCUACAUUAAAACUUAGCAGAUUUCACCAGAGGAGUGGGGAAUGAAACUGUCUUGUGUUCUCAGCUUUUUCCAGAUAAAGCCUUAGUUUGAUUAGUAGUCACUAAUAUCAACUAUGCAGAUAAGUAUAUGUGUUUCAGUGUUACAUGCAUUCCUUUUCCUAGCUACCCCUCUUAACACAUACUGAAAUUUUACCCAAAGAAAAUGGAAUAUUUUUGAAUGUCUGUACUGCAGAAUUUUUUUGCUAACAUGAAGAAAAAAACUGUAUUUUAAAAAAGAAACCCUUUCAUUGAUGCAACACGUAGUGUCAAGUGUCAUGAAGUUGCUUUGAGAGGGAAGCUAAAAUCACCUCUUGUGACAGGUUUUAGUCUGAGAGUUUCUCAGAAUAUUCAGCUCUCACAAUUGGUUUAAGAAGCCGCAGCAAUGUUUUUUGAUGUACAGAUUGGAUUUGGGGAGAAACUAAUGAGACAUCCCAGGUUUCUUUCCAGCAUCAGAAGUGAAUUAAAUUAGUUUUUCACUGAAAUGAAGUUGCUUCUAAACAUGGGGAGUUAUCAGCUAAGUAAAAGCUAAAUCACAGUCCCCAGGUGUUUCUCACUGGUCUUUUAGUCUUGUUGUAUGUAACUCAAAUAACAAUUUAGCUCAGAGAUGAGAACCGUAGUGUGUGUUUUAUUGCCGGUGAUUCCAUCAUGUAGCAAUUAGUACCAUGUUCUUGCAUAGUUCUCAAGAUCUGUAUUGGAAAUAGAUGGAGAAAGUUUAUUUUUGGACUACUGUUUAAAAAAAAAAAUACAAAAUUAACUCCUACUUUUUACCCUCAAAAGUCUACUGAGCAGCGCUAUAUUUUAGCAGUUAAACUAGUACCCUUGUUAUGUGAUUUGUCUCUUGUAGUCUUCUUUUACUAAGGGUUAAAAGCAUUUAAUUAGUAAUCCUUACAAUGUUGGCAUUCUCUAGCUUAAGAUCAGGUGCUUAUAAUAAAAAGGGCAUCUGGGUUGAUAACUUCUGAUGGUACAAAAUCUCCAUGUUCAGAAUAUUUCAUUGGAAGGAAAAACAGGUGUGGGUGCAAGUCCCUUUGGUUCUGCCUGAUAAAAGAGGCUCAGUGAAGAAAAGUGCCCUGCACAGCUAAUGGCAGUAGGGAUCAUCCCCUCAACAGCAGUUUGGCCUCCAUAUCCUUUGUUUGGUGUCACUUUUAGUAUAUAAAUAUUUUAGCAAGUUUGGAUGUAGCCAGCUUAACUCUACCUGACUUGCUGUGAUCCCCCAGACAAUGAAGGGCUGAGAAACCAUUUUGCUGCCUUUCACUGGGGAGCUCAGAACAAAAGGCUGGCCGAGGUUUAUUUUUUAUAAACAAAGUGUUAAAUCACUGCGAGAAUUCUUUGCAUUCCUCAGCUUCAAACAAAGGAAUGCACAGUUACUACAAGAUGGCAAACCUGUUUGAGUUGUUGAUUCCUGUGAUGCUUUACUCAGUCCUUCAUGACUUUGUACAAGAUCACCUUCCUCCUUUUAAUACUCGCACAUUUCGGAUUAUAGGGCUUAGUGAUGGAGAGAGGAUCUCAACAGCCUUGUGCUUACCUGAUGAGCUUUCCAGGGAAACUGCCCCGUGAAAUGCUCCCCUCUUGUGACAACAAGCCUGAACAACCAAAUGCAGCUACAUUUGGGUGGUUAGCACCACUUUCAUUUGGAAUUUUUAGGGAGGUAUGUUCCAAUAACUUCAAGGGAUACUGUGUUUUAAAUGUGUGGUUUCUUUCCUCUCUCCAUAUAAAACUGGACCUGAACACAAGUUUUGAGUUGUUGGGGGUUUUUUUGUAAUAAUCUCAGGACCUGAAAGAUUGUAGCAUUUAGUGUGUCUUAAAAAUGAUGUACUGUACCAGCCAUGGAUUUUGUAAAUAACACCUGUCUCCCUUUUUUGUAUUUUAAUUUUUUAAAAGUGUGUAAGGCUCUUUGCCAGAGGAACUGGUGCCUGCUUUAUCUCCAUCCUGAACUGAGGCAGGAAAAAGGAAGAAGCUGCUGCCACAAAAGCCUGCGUCAGUUCCAAAUACGUAUAUUGUUCUGGUCAGUUUAAUGGCUGUUAGUCUUUUGUUAGUUGGGAAGCUGGUUUGUUCUCCUGCACGUUUCCAGUUGUGGGUAGCAGAGCCCUAUCAGGGAGGCUAAUUUUAACUCUCUUCUGUGUGACUACUUGAUGUUUUCACUCCUUCCAGGUACUCAGGUUUGCUAUCCCUGAGCAGUCCAAUGCUUUCAGAGGUCAGGACUAUUGGCCCUCUGCAAAAAUAACUGGAGAGCAUUUCAUUUUAUCAGUGCUUUGAUCCAAACACAGUAAUGGGGUUUGUAUCCUGCACCUUGCAGGUAAUGCUGCCUUCACCUGUUCCGGGAGGGACUUGCCCUUUUCUGCUUUCCUGAAAGGAGUGCAAAGCUUUUUUUUUGGCAGCAGACUUUGCUCUGGGAUCCACCCUUGCCGGCAGACCCCUGUUCUGCAGUAGGAGCCUUACUCAAUUCGGCAUAGCUGUUCCCUGUCCCUGACCGCGACAGGCUUUUUCAUGAGUGUACUUUUCUUUUUUUAUGUGUCCCGUGUCUGUGCUGUAUUAAAUAAAGAGGAAUGUACAUAUUAGUCCUGUCUCUGUGAUUUCUCACAAAAAUAAAGAUGUAAAAAGGUUU